AAUAUAUUUAAUAGUUCCUCUUCUUGUGAUAUUUCGCCUUCCAAAUGUUGGUUUAAUUUUUAAUUUCAACCUGUAUUUACGGUAACAAACUAUGAACUGCUCUGAUUUUGUUUGCUCUGGAUCUGACGCAGAUCCUGCGUUUGGUAUGUUUAGUGAAUCCCGAGCAGGAAAAUACGCACCACUAUACAUGAAGACCUCAUAAAAACCGGAGUGAAAUGGAUAGUUAACGUGCCUUUGCCUGUCAUAGCGAAGGAGUGGCGUGACAUGCCAGCUUUCCUGCUCCUGAAUCCACCUUAAACCGUGGCCAAGGGGGAGGAAUGAAUGUUGUGACUAGAGAGCAGAAAGGAGAGGCGAAGCCCGCUUGAGAGUUUUAGUUAAAGCAGAUCUCUGCUUUAACCCAGGACAUAAAAGUUACAAUGGCAACCCAAGAGAACCAUGGGUACCAGCCUGCUGCUGGUUCGCCACCUGCAUACUUCCCCCCCGAGUCAAGAGAGUAUCUUUCAUUUCCCCAACAACCUCCCAAUUUCUUUCCCGUGAACGCACCCCAAACCAUGCCUGCACCCAUCCCUGUAGCCCAGUCAUCAAGAACUGCCUGCCGGCGCAAAGUGACACGGAAGAGAUGCUGCUUGUGUAUUCUGGCUGUCGUCGCCAUCCUCUUGGCUGCCGUGGCAGUCCUGCUGUGGUACUUCUUGUCCAAAGCAUGCGUUUUCCGUGUGGCCUGUGGUGAUGGUUCCUGUAUAAGCAGCUCCCAGUGGUGCGAUGGCGUGGAGGACUGCCCGACCGGGCAGGAUGAAGGCCAAUGUGCUCGGCUCUAUGGUCCCGACUCUGUCCUGCAAGUCUACUCAAGCAGAAGUCACUCGUGGGAUAUGGUGUGUGCAGAUGGAUGGGACGAUAGCUUUGGGAGAGAUGCGUGUGAACAGAUUGGAUACGAUAGUGGUUUGUAUGUCAGCUCUGGGAACACCAGUCUGAGUGGCAGUCCCAGUAAAGCCUUCUUCAGGUUGCCAGUAUCAAGUUUUGCUUCUGUGAAGAACCCUCUUCACAGGCUUCUUGUCAGCAACAUAUCCUGCUCGAACAGCCUUGUGGUUACACUGCAGUGCAUUAAAUGCGGAACGCGAGUGGAUCGUCCGGGGAGCCGGAUCGUUGGCGGAACUGUAGCCAGUAAGGGUGCAUGGCCUUGGCAGGUCAGCCUCCAGAUCAAUGGGCAGCAUGUGUGUGGCGGUUCCAUCAUCACCCCCUACUGGAUUGUGACGGCAGCGCACUGCGUUGAAAAGUAUUCAAGGCCGAGUUUUUGGACUGUAUACGCCGGCUACCUCACCCAGGAUGAAAUGGCCCUCGCUGACGGGAUAGCGGUGUCUGUUGUCGUAUCCAACAACUACGACAGUACGACUAAAAAUAACGAUAUCGCUAUGAUGAAGCUGAUGAGGCCGGUGACUUUGUCAGAUGUGGUCAGGCCUGUGUGCUUGCCGAGUCCUGGUCUUAGCUUCAGUGCCCCCCAGACGUGCUGGAUUACUGGGUGGGGGUCUCUCUAUGAGGGCGGGCAAGUCUCACAGAAUCUAAUGGAGGCUGAGAUCUCGCUAAUAGACAGGACAACCUGCAACCAACAGAGUAUAUACAACGGAGUGAUCACAGAUACUAUGAUCUGUGCUGGUUAUCUGGAUGGUGGAGUGGAUACCUGUCAGGGUGACAGCGGGGGUCCUCUGGUAGCACAGGGAAACUCUCUGUGGUGGCUGGUGGGCGACACCAGCUGGGGCGCUGGCUGUGCCAUGGCAGAAAAGCCCGGAGUCUACGGAAAUGUGACCUCCUUCCUCGGCUGGAUAUAUGAGCAAAUGAAGAAAUAUAAAUGAAGAAUCUGUUGCUUGCACUUUAUAGCACUAUACUAUAUACAGGAAAAAUUAUUUCAGUUGUAUAAUUUUUCAAAUAUUUGGCAGUGUCAUUGAAUUCAUAUUUACAAUCGUCCUUUGGUACUAGAUUGGUUGCAGGACUCCCCACAGCUACCAAAAUCUGUGGAUGUUCAAGUGCCUUAUAUGAAAUAUUGUAGUAUUUGCAUAUAACCUACACACACCCUGCCUUAUACUUUGUUUAAAUCAUCUCUAGAUUACUUCUAGUGCCAAAUGUAAUGUAAAUACUAUGUAAAUAGUUGUUAUACUGUAUUGUACAGUAGUGUAACAGUCUUCGAGCCACAGUUCAGUUCAUACCUCUUUUUUUUUAGAGGGGGUACAAAAAAAAAGUUUUAUUAAUCACUAAACACUAAAAUGCACAUUAGAUUAACUUCACAUAAAAUAAGUAUGUAAACGGAAAAUAAAUAAAAAAAAAUAAAAUAACUUCUCUGAAGAGCAAUCAGAAAUAACCCAGAUAACCAAAAUCCCCCCACUGCUGACAUGAAUGUGUCCGGGGGUCUGCGUGUGCACGUGAAAGUAAGAAUUUUAGAUGAUCCCUUCAGGGGCUCCGUACAAUGUACCUUUGUAUAAUUUAAAAUUUACACCCUGAUCUUAUGUUAACACAAAUGAGUUUUCCUACAAAAGUUGUAAAAAUAUUGUAUUGAAAGAAGAUUAAAGUUUCAUAACGACAUAGUUCAGUGACCCUGGACUGGAAAAGUGGCUGGAUGGAUAAUUUUGUAACAAAAUGACAGAAAUGUGUGAUAUUUUGAGUGGGGCUUUAUUGACCCCAGGGGGGAAAUCUUACAGUAUGCAUAGAACAUCAAAGGACAUACAAGCAAGUGCUAACAAACAAGCAAACAUCUGAGGUUUUUUUCCCUCUAUACUUCUGUUCUUGAGUAUUGGAACUGGUCUUCAGGAUGACGUAAAACAGGUCUGCGAGGACAUAAGUAUGGUCAGGUACGGUUUUCCCAGGCUUUCAGAGACUUGCAGUACUUUAAUUUCCCACAAAUAUUGAUAAACAGGAAAUGUCUGCACUCUUCAGUACGUGGAGAAUUGUGGUUAGGUCAUGUCAGGUUUGCGUCUUCAGUCACCGGCGACUUAAACGCUUUCAGCGGAAGAGCAGGUGUUCCCCUUUCACAAUUUUCACAACUUUCAACCAAUGUAAUGCCAGAAAAUAUUUGUCAGUGGAGAAAAAAAAAUGUAUGAUUUUGGAUUGGGCCUCCUUAUGAAACACUAAACGAGGACUAUUGCCGAGUUUUGAACAGGCAUGGAAACCAGCUAUGAAAAAUCUGUCACCUAGGGAGUUGCUUCUGUUUUGAGUGACGCUACGUGUAUGAUUCAUGUAAUAUAUUUAAAUAUUAAAAAUGUGUAAUUAAAAGAAAUGUGUUUCCCCCCCAGGUAGCUUAUUGUUGUGAGCUACUUACCAUUAAUAUCCAAACAAUGAAUUGUGUCCAUGUUUUGGUAUUUACGUAUUAUGCAGUACAAUAAGUUAAUUGUCUUGAAGCUUUCAGGGAGAAAUUGUGCCUGUUAGUUAUUCUUAGUGCUCAGGUGUCAUAGAAGCUAAAUCUGGUUUUUCUUAUGGACAUUUCCAAAGACUCACUGAGCACAACGCAGGUGAUUAGUUCAAUUAUAGCUGUAACCCAGAUUAAAAGGUAUACCUCAUCAUAUAACAAUUUUAUAAACGUUGUCGGGAGAUUCUCGAACUUGUGGAUGCUUUUAUACAAAUGCAAAAUGUGAAAAAUUGGAAUAAAGAAUAUUUGUUUUCAGUAA